AUGCCUUCCGACCUCCACUCGAAGGAUGUUUUCGAGCUAGACCCGUCUGCUCAACCUCUUCGGCGCACAGGACUCACCAAGCUUACUGUGGACAUCCCAUCAUCCUACAACCCCAAAGUCCAGGCCGAGCAACAUCCCCAGCCCCGAUGGAGGACGCCGGAGUUCAUGGUGUACUACGUGGUGUUUGUCAUCGCGCUUCCGGUCAUGUUCUGGAUUCCUUACAGCCUGAGUUCGCCAUCACAUCCCAACUAUCCACUUUACCAGCGGGCACUGUCGCCGGGUUGGUUAUUUGGUCGUCGAGUGGACAACAGUGACAACCAGUAUCGCGCUUUCCGAAAUGGACUCUUGCCUCUCACUCUUCUGGCAAGCUCGUUCCUUGGACUCAAGUAUGUGUAUACCCUAUUCGCACGUCAACGUCGUGCGCCCUACGAUACCUCCAACCUCGACCACAUCCCCUACCUCGCCACAUUCUCCGUCCUCAUGCUGCUCGGUCUCCACGGGUCAAGUGCAUUCAAGGUUUUGACUCUGCUCUCUGUCAACUACCUCGUUGGAAAGAUAACGAAGGGCCACAAGUUUUCCCCACUCGCGACUUGGGUGUUCAACGGUUUGGUACUGUACGCGAUCGAGCGUAACUCAGGUUAUAGCUAUGCCACUCUUCAUUCCGCGCUUGCACCCCUGGACGCAUGGGAAGGCAUUUACCCCCGGUGGUAUGUGAGCUUCAACAUCACUAUGCUUCGGCUUGUGUCGUUCAACAUGGACUAUUACUGGGCAUGCAAUCGCGCGGGAAUACCUGACACAGGUGCGACAUUAGACGAGAAGCGACGACCCCGGGUGAAUCAUGACCUGGAGACGUACUCCUACCUGAACUACCUCGCAUACGCGAUAUAUCCCCCCUUAUAUAUCGCCGGACCAAUAAUGACGUUUAACGAUUUCAUGUGGCAGGUCAAGCGACCCUUGGGCGUGACCUGGAGAACUACAUUGAAUUACCUCGGCCGCUUUGUGGCGUGCUUGUUAACACUCGAGUUCAUCCUCCACUUCAUGUACGUCGUCGCCAUCAAGGACAGAAAGGCGUGGACUGGAUACACUGCCGCCGAACUGUGCAUGGUUGGGUUCUGGAACCUCAUCGUCGUUUGGCUCAAGCUGCUAAUUCCCUGGCGCUUCUUCCGUCUCUGGGCUCUCGCAGACGGCAUCGACCCUCCGGAGAAUAUGGUGCGCUGCAUGGCAAACAACUACUCCACGCUCGGCUUCUGGCGCGCCUGGCACCGGAGCUACAAUCUGUGGAUCACGCGCUACAUCUACAUCCCCCUUGGGGGCACGAAGAACCGGAUCGUGACGACGGUGCUCGUCUUCACCUUCGUCGCCCUCUGGCACGACCUCUCGUUCAGGCUCUUAGCGUGGGGCUGGCUCGUCAGCCUCUUCAUCGUGCCGGAGGUCGCCGCGCGGUACUUGGUGCCUGCGAAGAAGUACGGCGGAGAGCCGUGGUUCAGACACGUCGGCGCGAUGGGCGCAGUGUUGAACAUCCUGAUGAUGAUGGCGGCAAACCUGGUCGGUUUUGUCAUUGGCACAGAGGGGAUCAAGUACAUGCUGGAGCAGAUCACUGGAGACUGGGAUGGCAUUCGAUUCAUGGCCAUCGCCUGUGCCUGCCUGUUUGUGGGGGUCCAGGUGAUGUUUGAGUAUAGAGAGGAGGAGGCGCGGCAGGGGAUCUCCCGCAAGUGUUAG